AUGGCCGUGCUCCUGUUCUCAGUCCUGCUGCUCGCUGCCCACACAGUGAGGGCAGAUGUUGGGUGUGGUGAAAGACCCAUCUUCGAUGGAAGGACUCGGUAUUCCAGGGUCAUAGGGGGACUGGAGGCUGAGGUAGGGGAGUUUCCAUGGCAGGUGAGUAUUCAGGCAAAAAAUGAGCACUUCUGCGGUGGCUCGAUCCUCAGCACCUGGUGGAUUCUCACUGCGGCUCACUGCCUGAGUUCUGAGGAGGUCAACCCAACAGAACUGAGUGUCAUAGUGGGGACCAAUGACUUAACCAGCUCAUCCAUGGCAAUAAAGAAGGUUACCAGCAUAGUUCUUCACAAAGCCUUCAACAGGGUCAACAUGGACAAUGACAUCGCCUUACUGCUGGUGGCCUCGCCUAUCCAGUUCAAUGGCCUGACAAGACCCAUCUGCUUUCCCCCGCAGACCAGCCCUUCCACCUGGCACGAAUGCUGGGUGGCAGGAUGGGGCCAGACCAACUCAGCUGACAAAAACUCUGGGAAGACUGACCUGAUGAAAGUGCCAAUGGCCAUCACAGAUUGGAACAAAUGUGCGAAGGUGUUUUCAAAGCUUACCAAAAAUAUGUUGUGUGCUGGAUUCGAGAACAAGAGCUAUGACGCCUGCCAGGGGGACAGUGGGGGGCCACUCGUCUGCACCACAGAGCCUGGCAAUAGGUGGUACCAGGUGGGCAUCAUCAGCUGGGGCAGGAGUUGUGGACAGAAAAACACCCCAGGAAUAUACACCUUGUUGUCGAACUACAAGGUCUGGAUCCAGAAUGUGACUCAGAUGGAAAUGAGGCCCCUUACCUUCGAGGAAAUGAAGACCUCACCCAAACAGAAGAAUACAAUGGGGCCCAUGACCUCAGGAUGCCCAGAACUAGGAAGCCCCCAACACAUGCUUCUGCUCUGCCUUCUGUCCUGCCUAUUGCUCACAGCCAUUUCCAACUGGGAAUAA